AUGGAGAGGCGACAGGGACCCCCGGGGGGACGGAGCUCCCGGCAGGCGGCGGCGCUCCUCGCGGCCGCCGUCCUGAGUUCCGGCUUCCUGCUGACCCAGGCCCAGGAGGAGAUCCCUGUUACAGCGGAACCACCGCAGCCAUUGCAAGGACAGGACAUCACCUUGACUCCGGGAGGAAAACCUGACAUUGUUCAGUGCGUCUGGAAUCGAGGAGAACCAAGUUUAUCAAACCAGAUCUUGACAUAUAUUCCAUCAUUGUCACCGCCUGAGCAGAUGGAAGGUGCAAGCUUUACUGGGCGGGAGACUGCAGGUCCCGGCUGUUCCCUGCACAUCAGGAAUGUGAUACUGAAUGACACUGGAACCUAUACAGUGCUAAAGACUGUGCGUGGUGGUGCUGAAGUGGGGCGUGUGCGUAUAGAAGUCCUAGCCGCCAUCCUGAGUUCUGGCUUCCUGCUGACUCAGGCCCAGGAGGAGAUCCCUGUUACAGCAGAACCACCGCAGCUAUUGCAAGGACAGGACGUCACUCUGACUCCAGGAGGAAAACCUGACAUUGUUCAGUGCACCUGGUAUCGAGGAGAACCAAGUUUACCAAACCAGAUCUUGACAUAUGUUCUGUCAUUUUCACCGCCUGAGCAGCUGGAUGGUGCAAACUUUACUGGGCGGGAGACUCCAGGUCCCGGCUGUUCCCUGCACAUCAGGAGUCUGACGCUGAAUGACACUGGAAACUAUACAGUGGUAAAGACUGUGCGUGGUGGUGCUGAAGUGGGGCAUGUGCAUAUCGAAGUCCUAGCCGCCGUCCUGAGUUCCGGCUUCCUGCUGACCCAGGCCCAGGCAGAAAUUCCUGUUACAGCGGAACCACCACAGCCAUUGCAAGGACAGGACGUCACUCUGACUCCGGGAGGAAAACUCGACAUUGUUCAGUGCACCUGGUAUCGAGGAGAACCAAGUUUACCAAACCAGAUCUUGACAUAUGUUCCAUCAUUUUCACCGCCUGAGCAGCUGGAUGGUGCAAGCUUUACUGGGCGGGAGACUCCAGGUCCCGGCUGUUCCCUGCACAUCAGGAGUCUGAUGCUGAAUGACACUGGAACCUAUACAGUGGUAAAGACUGUGCGUGGUGGUUCUGAAGUGGGGAGUGUGCCUAUAGAAGUCUUAGAAAUGCUGUCCCCACCAAAUCUGUGGCCUGAAGAGGUCACUGUAGAAGAGCACGAGAACAUCACCAUAAACUGUGCUACCUCCAAAGGUUCCAAUGCCAACGUCUACUGGCUCAAGGAUGGGAAGCCCAUCCCAGUUAAGUCAGUCCUUUCCGACCUGAACCGAACCCUCACCGUUCCUGACGUCAGCCGAGACGAUGGGGGGACGUAUACAUGUCAGGUCUGGAAUCCAGCUAACAGCGCCACGAGCAACCCUAGUUAUAUAACCGUGAUGCGUGUAGGGAUCGAAAAUGGUCAGUAAAAUCAAUAAAAGUCAGUUUUUUUCAUUUUAGUCAUUGAUUUGCCAGGUUUUUUUAAAAAAUUUAUUUUUAAUGUCCAGUAAAGUCAGUAUUUCUUUGUUUUUGUGAUUGCAAUUUGUGUGGGGGAGGGGGGUUGUUUGUUUUUGUUAUUCCAUUUUGGGGGAAAGAAGAGGACAAGAAAAAAAAUGCUAGUGGAUGCAGUGCAGAAAACUGUUGAGAAACGAAAGAGUUCAUUAAUAAGUUCUUUUUUCAGCAAAAAAGAUAAAGUAAGAACAAGUCUUACCUUACCAUGAUUAUGUUUUGUUCGCAUAACAGUUACUUUGUGUAUGAUUUUAAUAUUUUUAUUCUUAAUUAAAUUUGAUUUUUAUAUC